AUGUCCAAUGGCAGCUCCAUCAUCCAGCUCCUCCUGGCAUUUGCAGGCACACGGGAGCUACAGCUCGUGCACUUCUGGCUCUUCCUGGCUCUACCUGGUUGCCCUCCUGGGCAACGGCCUCAUCAUCACCACCAUAGCCUGUGACCACUGCCUCCACACUCCCAUGUACUUCUUCCUCCUCAACCUCUCUAUUCUUGACCUGGGCUCCAUCUCCACGACCAUCCCCAAAUCCAUGGCAAAUUCCCUCUGGGACACAAGGGAAAUUUCUUUUUCAGGAUGUGCUGCCCAGGUAUUUCUGUUCAUCUUUUUCAUUUCAGCAGAGUACUACCUUCUCACCAUCAUGUCCUAUGACCGCUACACUGCCAUCUUCAAACCCCUGCACUAUGGUACCCUCCUGGGUAGCAGAGCUUGUGCCCACAUGACAGAAGCUACCCGGGGCAGCGGGUUUCUCUAUGCUUUUCUUCUGUGA